AUGGCCACAGAAAAGUGAUAAGUGAAUUCUAGAUUUAUAUCCAGGAUUUAUCCUCAGCCUUGCCAAGCCUCUCACCUCAAAAGCAGCACGCAACCUCCAACCCCAUCAACCCGCAGCCUCAAUAAUUCUCAAGCUCCAGACGCGCCAACCAAACCCACGCGCCUCCACCUCACAACAUCUACAACCCUCAAAAUGAGUGCCGUAAGUUCUCUCCUCCCUUUCCUAUCUCCUAACUAACGAAAACUACAGUUCAUGCCCAUCAACCCGCGGCCUAUGCUGCAAAACCUGUACGUUUUCAAUCCCCGCGAUUCUCCACCGACUACAGCGACACAUAUAGAAAGAGGGGGAUGAAGAGAAAGGACGAGAGAAGAGUAAUAGAAGAGGAUAAAGGCUAAUGGGAAACCAGUGUCAACGAGGAAGUCAUAAUCCGCCUGAAAUGGGGACAGACCGAGUACAAGGGUCGUCUUGUUAGCAUUGAUUCUUAUAUGAACAUCCAGCUAUCCGGAGCGGAGGAGUGGAUUGAUCAGCAGAUGACUAGUGUUUUGGGGCAGGUUCUGAUUAGGUACUAUCGCUUCCCUUAUACGUACUUUGAAGGGGAUUUUUGAGCUCAGUUUCGCGGCGGAAUAUUUGUUGACUGUUGUUGUUGGGUAGAUGCAAUAAUGUCCUUUGGAUUCAAGGUGCGAAUCAAAAUAAUGGGAAUGGAGAUACGAAGAUGGAAGGAUGAGGUGAACAGAGGAAUGGACGAUGAGCAACUUGGUAUUUGUGAUGGGUUUAGAGAGGACGGAGAGGUGUGAAGAGGAGCCAAAUACCAGAUAUCAGAUACCAGACCAAAAUAAUCAUGGGCAUG